GGACCGCAGGGAGUCAACAUCACUUCAAGAGGGGCACACUAAGAGAGGUCCAGAGAGCCAAAAGGCAAAAAACAGGGAAUCUAAAAAUAAGAGGAGAGUGAAUGAAACUAAGAGGAGCAGGACUCACAAACAGUACAGGGACGGCUACAGGAUUUUUUUAUAGGUAGAGCUGUAAAACUCAGAUAUAGAAAUGGCAAACACAGCAGGAGUACUCUUGGCUUCACUCUUGUUCCUGAGAGCCAGUUUGCCAUGUUUUUCUGUGUAUAAUGGUGGUGAAUGCUUCUUCAACACAAAAGGGAGCUGCGAACACAUGGGGCAAGUGUAUGGGAUUGGAGAGAGUUGGAUUACCAGUGACUGCUAUCAAUGUGUCUGCAUGGAGCCUUUCGGAGUGGGAUGCUGUGAUCACGGAUAUAAACCUGUGGACUAUCCAGACUGGUGCGAAGUCAUUCGGAAACCCGACUCUUGUUCUAGUAUCGCAGUGAUGAGAGUCAAUCAUAAACUGCCCUGCCUCUGGGGACAAGGCCGGCUCAGAACAGCAGGACAGCCAUGGAAAUCCGAAAAUGAUCCUUUAUUUUAAGUUUAACCAUUCAAGUGAAAAACAGCAAUAGAUAAAAUGUGAAAGUUGUUUUUAGAUUAAAUGAUUAAAAGAUGAAUAUUUGAUUUUUCAUGCAGUUUCUGUGGCGUUUUACCACAAACAAAUACAUAUCUGUCUAAUCUACCUUAUGUAUAUAAAAUAAUUUGACAGUAUUCAGGUGGUGAGGUUAGUUAUUUAACCAUUGAUCCAAAUGUUGAUAUGUGUGUGUGUGUUAUAAUGAAAGAUAUAAGAAAAAUAAAACAAUACGAAGUAGCUGUCCUUGUCUUAAUUGUUAUUUGUCAUUCUGCCCUCUUAGCAAAAGCUUAUUCUGUACUUUUCUGUAACUGCUUUGACGGGUCUGUAAGAAAUAAAUAAAAUUCUUUUGUUGGAUCUUUGAAAUUAAAACAGAUCGUCUCUAAAGAUUUAAGUUUCUUGAGAGAGGAUACAG